UUCAGUCGAGUAUUUUUUUCGUACUGCUGACAACCAUGAAGCUCUCGUUGACUCUUCUCGUGAUCUUUGGUCUCGUUGCCUUCAUUGGAGCUGCUCCAGCUGAAGAAAAACGUGAAAUUCCUGAAGAACUCAAACCUGAAGACGAUCUUCCAGCUAAAGAACAAGAUAAAGCUGCAGAAGACGAGGACGAAGACAUCCCAGAAGACGAACUAAGUGAAUUGACCACUGCAGAUGAUGCACCUCUUGAGGGACUAGACAUGCAAGAUGUUUUUGAAGAUCCAAAGCGUAAAUCCAAGCAUAUUUGUGAGUAUUUGAUAGGCGUAAUUUACGAACAAAAAAUGAUGAGACUUCUUAAAAGGCCUCGAAGCAGUUGGGGAAAAAAUCGAGCGCUAAUUUCAGUGCCGUCUUUUGAUAUCUCUUGAAAUAUAUACUCGACU